GAUUUUUCUUUUGUGAUUCUACAUUUUGGACCUUUAUCUUUAAUUUAAAUCAAUAGAAUUGAGAUGAAAAAUCUAGCGCUGAAUGUUCAAGAAAGUGCCGAAUCUUCGUUUAAAAAUAUCAAAACUACUUCAAUGUUUUACGAUCAAGUAGUAAACCUGCCUCAAUGUAGUAUAACUCACGAUACGGCUAAUCAGCAAAUAUUUGAGGGAGAAUAUCGAGCACUUCAUUGCAUUUCGGUAUGAUAGCUAGAGGAAUUUUAGUUUUGACAUUUAUUGCCAUUGUGCAUGCCUCACCCAUUGAAAACAAGCAAUUACAACUUGAAGAAGAGAUAUCGUCGUUUGCUGUUGAAGAUCUUAAUUACCGAUUGAAUGAGGACGUUCUGCCGAUAAACUACAAGCUUACACUUGAGCCAUUUUUUGAAGAUGAAGGACAAAAUCGCGCUUUUACCUUUAAAGGUCAUGUAGACAUAACUCUUCAGGCACAAAAAGAAGUGACUGAGAUUGUGCUUCAUAUCAAUGACAUUGAUGUCCAUUCUUACCAAUUUAAUCCUUAUGAAAUGACACCAGUUAUCCAAUUCAAUAAGUCUGACUAUAAUGCACAGUAUGACAAGUGGACGAUCCCAAUUCCGGUAUUUGACAAGAAGUUAAAUGAAAACCAGACAGUCAUUCUGUCAAUUGACUAUACAGGAUAUAUGCGUGACGAUAUGCGAGGGUUUUAUAGGAGCUACUACAUGGAAAAUGGCAAGAAAGUUUGGAUGGGUACUACACAAUUCCAACCUGUUCAUGCUCGACGAGCUUUCCCUUGCUUUGAUGAACCUGGCUUCAAAUCAACAUUUGAUGUGGUUAUGAUUAGACCCAAAAGCCUUGCAUUGACGAUUGGAAACACCAGAAGUACAACAAGUACUGACGAAACAAAAUAUCCAGGAAAAUACAUCGACACUUUCGAAACAACUCCUAAAAUGUCAACGUACUUGCUUGCAUUUAUUAUCUCAAAUUACGUCGGUUCUCUGAAAAACACUGAAGAUUUUGGAGUUUAUGCACGACCAGAAGUCAAGCCACAUACUGAAUAUGCUGUUGAGUUUGGAAUUGAAAUGCUGGAUGAAUUUAAUAAAUACUUUGGUAUCAACUACAAUGAGUCGAUGAGUAAAAUGGAUAUGGCUGCUAUUCCUGACUUUUCUGCUGGUGCAAUGGAAAAUUGGGGAAUAUUGACAUACAGAGAGACAAACAUCCUCUAUGACAAUGAAACAACACCGGCAUUAAAUCAACAGAGAAUUGCAGCUGUUAUAGCACAUGAACAAUUGCAUCAAUGGUUCGGCGAUCUUGUAACGUGUAAAUGGUGGAGUGAGACUUGGAUGAAUGAAGGCUUUGCUAGAUACUUCCAAUUCAUGGGAACUGCGUUUAUUCUUAAAGAUUGGGACUUGGAGGAACAAUUUGUCGUUGAGAAUUUACAGCAAUCAAUGCAACUCGAUUCAACGGACUCAACUCAUCCAAUGACAAAUGUUGUUAAUACCAAAUCGGAAGCUUCUGGAAUUUUUGAUAACAUCUCGUACAAUAAGGCUGCAUCUAUUCUACGUAUGCUCUCGUAUUAUGUUGGAAAAGACGAUUUUCAAAAGAUCCUUCAACGUCAUUUAAGUGAUAACAAAUACAAGGCGGUAGUUCCUGAUGAUUUCUUCAAAGCAAUAGAAAAUGUGAAAGAUGCAUCAAUAGCUGACUUCUUUAAAUCAUGGACAAUUCAGUCAGGAUUUCCAAUCGUUAAUGCCUCACUUAACGGAACAACCUUGAAAUUAACACAGCAAAGAUUCAUGAGAAGUGGAAUUGAGAACAAUAAGACUGAAAAGUACAACCUCCCGAUCUCAAUAGCUUUGGAUAAUGAAGGUUUUGAUGAUCCGACUUAUAAAUUUGUUAUUCAAGGAAAUGAUUCAUACGAAUAUAACUUAUCAUCUGCACCCAAAUCAUACUACAUGCUUAAUGUUCAACAGACUGCAUUCUAUCGUGUCAAUUAUGUUGAUGAUAAUUGGAAUAAGAUUAAGGAAGUACUCAUGGGAGAUGAUAUGAAGAAGAUUCAUGUAUUGAAUCGUGCACAAGUCGUUGAUGAUUUAUUUAAUUUUGCGAGAGGAGGUGUAGUCAGCUAUUCGAGUGCUGUCGACAUCGUACGAUAUUUAAAGAAUGAAACACAUUACAUUCCUUGGUUAUCAGCUAUUAAUCAUGGUCUUACAUUCUUAUCGCAACGUGUUAAGUCUGAAGAUGCUGAAAUCUUUGCUUGGUUCAUUAACGAUUUAAUGGAAAAUAUUUAUAAGCAUCUUACCUUUGUCUAUAAGGCUGAUGAUCGUCGAACUGAUAUUUAUAAUCGUGUUAAUAUUUUAGCAUGGCUAUGCAAAUAUGGACAUAAAGAUUGCAUUUCUGAGGCGAAGAAAGCAUACGAAGAUUACAGCAUAACAUACAAGAAAGUGCCAAAAGAUCAUCGUGGUGUUGUUUAUUGCAAUGCAAUUAGAUAUGGAAGUGAUGAAGAGUUCAAUUUCUUGUUUGAAAAGCUUCUUCUUGAGAAUGUUGCUGCUGAGCAGCUUAAUAUAAUGAAUGGCUUGGCAUGCUCUAAGAACGAGACUAAUAUUAAGAGAUUACUGGGCAGAUUAAUCAGAACCACAGAUAUUCGUAUUCAAGAUAGAGCAACAGUAAUAAACGGAGUAUUAAAUGGAAACCCAGAAGGUAUUGAUUACAUGUUCAACUUUAUUACCAACAAUUACAAUGACUGGAGAACUGCCAUUGGUGAUCUGAGUGCUUUAACGUCAACAGUAGGAAGAUUUACAUCAGAAGAGCAAUUGAAGAAAUUCGAAAGUUUCUUAGAAACAGAGAAAGAAGGUUUAGGCAGUUUGCAUGCAUCAUUAAGCAACGCUGUAAAUACAGCAAAAUUAAAUUUCGAAUGGGAUGAUAAAUAUAUGAAGGAGUUCAUUAAUCAUCUUCAUGAAAUAAGCUCUGCUUCAAUUAAGGUCAUUUCGAUGAUUGUUAGUGCAUUCACUCUCUUUACUCUUUAUUUAUUUAAUUAAGUUAAGACGAAUGAUGAUUAUCAUUUGAUUUUUUUUUUGUUCUCUUUAUUUUCAUUUCUUUUGUUCAAUUCAAUUGCAAUAAAUUACUUAACAUAUGUUGCUUGUAACAUAUUUACAUAAAAUGCCAUAAUAAGAGUUCUAUUUAUUAAGGACGUCUGUCGGCUAUGAGAGAUUUAAAGUUUUUGUUACAAAAUAACGGAUUUUGAGACUUUUUUAACGGAUUUCAAAAAUUUGAAUCCUAACGACUUUCAAAAUUUUAAAUUUUAUGUUAACAUUUGUAACGGUUUUUAAUUAUAAUUUUAUUGCAAAUUUCAUCUUAUUUUUAAACAGACGUCACUUAUAAACCAACUCAAAAUAAUUAUAUUCCAAUAUUGUAUAAAAAUAAAACUUUCUUUUUUUUUCUAUGUUUUUUGUGAAACUUUAUAGAAAUAAAAUUCAAAUCAAAUUGAAAACAAAUUUAUAUCAAUUUAUGUUUUGCUUCAAUAAGGAAUUUGGUAUCAGUAUAUAUAUGUUUUUUUAAGUUUUAAGGCACUUAUCCUUAUGUCCUAAAUAGAUCCUUAAAGGAUUAUUUCUGUUUUUUUUUUCUUUCUUUUAGUAAAGAUCAUUAAUCACUGAUACACAUUCAGAUAUAAAAUGUAAAUGUUAGAAACGAAAUUUGUUAUUUACAUUGAAUUCAGUUCCAUUCGACACAAUACUUUGAUAAAAUUAUCAACAAAUUUUAAGAUUAUAACUUUUAACGGUUUUGAAAAAUUUUGAAUUUUUUUGAGCAUUUUACUUUUUUUGAAUAUUUUUUGACAGUUAAGGUGAAAAGUCACCAAUAUGUUAAUCUUUUUGGCUAGUUUCUGUAAGUUUAAUUAAAACAAAUUUAAUUCAAAACUAAUUGCUCCCAAAAACCACUAAGUUUACGACACAGAAUAUGUUAAAAAGCACAUUAAAUGCCCGAUGAUGUCUACACAAACCUAAACAUAUAAGCUCUCAAUGGAACUGAAUUCAAUAGUAAAAUUCAUUGACAUAAAUUUUUCCACCACAACUAUUUAGAAUUUACUUUUUUUUUGUUAAUUUUCAAACAUUUCACAUGAAAAAUAUUCCAUACUUUGUGCUACAUAGUCACAUUUGAGUGGUUCUAUAUCAUAUAUCAUCAGUUCCAUUCACUUUCACUCUCAUCAUUAAUUGAAUUUACUCAUAAAAGUUAUGUUUGAAGGACAAAUAAACUAAAUUAAAUAAUCUAUACGCUGCAAUUGAAUAGUAUUAUAAGUAAAACUAAAUCAAAAAUUACUGUACAUAAGUCUAUUUAAUAAUUAAAGACUGAUCUAUCCAUUUUAUCUAGAUUAUGUUUGGUAAACAUUCAUUUAAAAUCAAUUUCUUAAAAAAAAUGAGUGAAAUAAACUGAUUGAUGCCAAAUUUUCUUGAGAUUUUAACGGAUUUUAAAGAUUUGAAUUUAAAACUGUGCAAAUUUAAAUUAAAAACCAUACAAACGAAUUUGUAUGG